AUGUCGCGCCCUUCACCAAAGCUACUACAUCUCACUGUACAAGUUCCGGCUGAUAUCAAAGGUCGUCGGCGAAGUGGGAGUAUCGUCAAAGUCGAAGAAGUCGGUGGGCGUACAGAGGAACUUUUGGACCGUAGCGCGUACCUCAACAUUAAUGCUAACUGGGUGAAUGCAAAGGGUGCAUGGCUCAUACACGUCGUCUUGGUCUUCACGGGAAAGAUCAUUAUCGAUACUAUACCUGGCAUGACACAGCAGAUCAGCUGGACACUCGUUAACCUUAUAUACCUUAACCUCUCGUAUCUCAUGUUCCACUGGGUUACCGGCAUUCCCUUCGAUAACGAGCUUCACGGCGGCGCAUAUGACGAUCUCACUCUAUGGGAACAGAUUGAUGAUGGCGCGCAAUACACACCAUCGAAAAAGUGGUUAUUCACUGCGCCUAUAUUACUUUUCCUGGCUUCGACACACUACACGAAUUACAAUCCCUGGCUAUUCGCCAUCAAUCUCACCGCUCUCAUCGUACUUGCCAUCAUCCCAAAACUUCCUCAGCUCCACAGACAACGCGUUCGUUUCCUUACCAGUGACGCCUCAGGCGUCUCAACGCCCGUCACGCCCUCGUUCCCCAAGAUGGACCAGAAUCCGCUACAUGCCGAAAACCCAGCUGAUGCUCGCUUCGGGUGA